AUGGCGGCCGAAGUGACAGAAUUUGCAGAACCCCAGGAAACAUCUUAUAUUUUGAUCCGUGUAUUGGGUAAAGGGGCAUUUGGAGAAGCCGUCUUGUAUAGAAAAACUGAGGAUAACAGUUUAGUGGUAUGGAAAGAGAUUAACUUAGCGAACUGUGGAGAUAAAGAAAGAAGAGAUUCACAGAAUGAGAUUGAUAUUUUAUCAUUUCUCGAUCAUGCCAAUAUUGUAUCUUAUUAUAAUCAUUUUAUUGAUGGAGAUACUCUCUUUAUUGAAAUGGAGUAUGCAAAUGAUGGUACAUUGUAUGAAAAGAUUUAUAACCAAACCAGCCUGUUUCCAGAAAAAACUGUUAUUUGGUAUUUGUUUCAGAUGACAUCAGCUCUGGCAUAUAUUCAUGAGUAUGGAAUCAUACACAGGGAUAUAAAAACACUGAAUAUAUUUUUAACCAAAUCAGGAUUAUUGAAACUUGGUGAUUUUGGAAUAUCAAAGAUAAUGCAAUCUCAGAGUGGUAUGGCUGAAACACUAGUUGGUACACCAUAUUAUAUGUCACCAGAGCUGAUGCAGGGACACAAAUAUAAUCAGAAGAGUGAUAUUUGGGCUCUGGGUUGUGUUUUAUAUGAAUUGCUGACAUUAAGGAGAACAUUUGAAGCUUCAAAUGCAUUGAAAUUAGCCAGAGAUAUUGUCCUCAAUCAACAGAGUGAUAUUAGCUCAAUUUAUUCACAAGAAAUGCAGAAACUAGUCAGCCAACUUUUACAAAAGGAACCUGCCAAUAGACCAGUCUCGGAAGAAAUCUUGAAGAAUUCACUUUUUACAAAACAAGGUGAUUUAGAGAAGAAAGUAUGGGAAUUAAAUUCAGUUGCUAGAAAAGCGAGAUUAACUGCUUGUUCUGUAUCAGAAACGACAGUCCCAGUUGUCAAAGCUCAAAUGUGUGAGGUUUAUAUUUGGGGAGGUGGAAAAAUUACCCCACAAAAAGUUGAAUUCUUCACUAAAGAAAAGAGUCCAAUUCAGGUUGAAUGUGGUGAAUCUCAUUUUGCUGUAGUAACUGUUGAAAGAGAAGUUUUUACUUGGGCCAAUUCACAAGGUGGUAGUAGUAUGGUGGGUCAACUAGGACAUGGUGAUACUGCUGGUUAUAAGAUACCGAAACUAGUAGAGGGUUUAUCAGGAAUACCAGUUAAACAAGUAUCAUGUGGUACAGAUUUUACCAUCUGUGUAACAGAUGAAGGUAAAUUAUAUGGAUUUGGAUCCGAUUAUUAUGGCUGUGUCGGCUGUGAUACCAGUGAAGAAGGUGAUAUUUUAUCACCAGUACCAAUCAACUAUUUUACAUCCAUACCUAUAGAGGAAAUAUCAUGUGGUGAUUCACAUUGUGUAGCUUUAACUAAAGAUGGCGACGUUUACACUUGGGGAUGUGGUGAAUUUGGUAGGUUAGGGCUGGGUUCUGAGGAUGACCACACCACACCACAGAAGGUUGCAAUUCCAGGAAAACAUUUCAUUAAACAUGUAUGUGCUGGUUUUGAUGGCACGUUUCUAAUAGCAACUAAUGGCCGUCUGCUAGCGAGUGGAAGUAAUGAAAAUAAUAAAUUAGGAUUUAAUUCACAAACGUCUGGUCUUAGAAAAAGAAAGAAAAGGGUAUUUGAUAUACCAUGUAAAUAUAUGUUCAGUACAGUUAAACCACUGAGUAGACAACAUAUAAUAUCUGUAUCACCUGGUACUAGUCAUUCAGCUUGUAUAGAUAUUUAUGGUUGUUUGUAUACGUUUGGUUGUAAUAGAUACGGUCAGUUGGGACUAGGAGAUUAUAAGAAGAGAAGUACAUUAAAUCGUGUCGGUGGUGUUCUAGUCAGUAAAAAGGUAGAAAAAGUUUCAUGUGGAGAUGGUUUUACUGUAGCAGCUACUGAUGAUAGUCAGUUAUAUUCAUGGGGAAAUGGUGAGAAUGGCAAGUUGGGUGCCAUCUUUAAAGAACAGGGUAAAAAGACCAGUACCAAAUGUACGUCUUUACCUCGUCCCAUCUUCGGAUCUUUACAUGUUGUACCAUAUUUAUCAUCGCAUCACUGGAAUACUAUUAUUAUAGCAGAAAAAGUACUGAAUCAGAAAACUCUAAAACCAAGAGUUUCUUCACCAAAAUAUAAUUUAUUAAACAGUCCUAAAGCGGCUCGAGUUCCGUUUGAAACUGUACCAGAAGACAGUGCUUUUGUUGAAGGAAGUCAACCAAUAUCACCGGCUUGUAGUGAAGAUCUUCCGUUCACGUCUGAUUCCAGUAACGCAGCAUCUCCACCCAAUUCACGACCUUCUUCGGGUAAUAGAGAUGAAAGUUCUAUACCACCAUGGCUAGAAGCAGAGCUUCAAGAAGCUGCUAUUAUUCGUAUACCCAGUAAAGAAAGUAAUCUAUUAGAAAUUGGUAAUCUAAGUCCAGUUUCAGAGAAAGAUGAAAAAGAGAUAUAUGGUAGAACAACUGCUGAUAAAGAUAUAUUAAUUGCUCAACUCCGAGCUAAAGUAGAUAAACUUUUAGAAGAAAAUAAACUGCUUCAAGAAACCACAGAGAAACAAGAAGAGUUGAUUAAAAGUUUACGUUUACAUCCCUAAACAGUUGUAUACACUUCUUCUGUAAACUGAUAUACCAUCUGUGUUGAUAAAAACUUGCUCAAUUUUUUAAAUUAUCUUUUAGGUUGUUUUUUUUUUCUUGACAUUAGAAAUCGAAAGUUUUCUUGGAAAAUUUAGAGGUGAUUCUGAACAUAUUGUUUAUAGUAGUAUUGCUAGCAUUGGUAGAAGCUACUAACAUGUAGUUUCAAAGGAGAGUUGAUAUGUAGUCACAGGAGCUUUGAUUUAGUCAUGAACAAAGUAGGCUCGAUCCAGACUGUUGAAGCUCUGCUGAACACUGAACUUGAUUAAUUGAAUCUCCACCAAUAGACAGACCCAAUGGAAAGAGCCACAUUUAAAUUCCCAGUGUUAACAGGGAGUUUUAAAAAGGGAUCCAUAUUUUCUAGAUGAAAAUUUACACACAAAUUGCUUGUUGAGUGUCUAUGUGUUAAAUAGGCUCUAAAUAAACAUGGAAGCCCAUCAGUUUUAAUGAGGCCCUGUCUAUAGGGGUCGAAUUGUGGUAUUAUAAAUUUAUAUUGACAUCGUUUAUGCAAGUCUUGUAUCAGACAAAAUUGUGUGUUUUUUGUUUUUUCAAAUAUCUUAUAUGACAAAUUGAUAUUUGUUCUCAUGUGUAGUUUAUAAAUGAAAUACUUUGUAUUUGUUGAUUAGGGUUUAUUCAUGACUGCUGUUAUUAUAUAUUCUAGCUUUUUUUUAUAUGCUGAUAAAAUUAUUUCAUUAUGUUCACUGAAAUGGCUGAAUAAAAACUAGUCAAUAUAAUACUGUAAACUCUGUUUAAUAAUACAAUUAUUUUUGUUUUAUUUUAUUUUUCCUUUGAUUUUAUUAUUACCAGUAUUAUCAGUUAAUAUAAUUUGUAAUAUAUCCGUCCAAAGAUAAAUAGGAUUUUCUCCAGGCAGUAAUCGUUGAUUACAUUGAUGAUAGAAAAAUCUUAUUGUGUAUAUAUCGAGAUCUUAGAAAAACAAUGUAAUAUGAUUUUAAAUUUUAAUCCUUGUGUCGCGUUUAAUAAAAGUAUUCCAUCCAAAACAUUUUAAUUUAUUUUGAUAAAAUAUACAUUUAUUUAUUUGAGUUUUGUGUGAUAUGACCUAUAUUACUUGUGUCGCGUUUAAUAAAAGUAUUCCAUCCAAAACAUUUUAAUUUAUUUUGAUAAAAUAUACAUUUAUUUAUUUGAGUUUUGUGUGAUAUGACCUAUAUUACUUUUGA